CAGGCUGUCAAAAGACGAAAAAGAGGAAACACGAUUUGAGAAGAAAAGUUUGGAGCUGCUCUACUUUCUUGCAAAAAUUCUGUAAAAGAAAACUGAAAAUAACUAACCUAACAUACCUAGUGCAUACAAAGCUGACGGUGCCACGGUUCUGGUGGCGGUACAACUGGUGUUCCUGCCCGGUGGUGUGGUGGUGUCUCUUUUUCCAGGGAUCUCGUCUCUACGCUGCCCGUCGUCUGGGCGGCUUGCAUCAACGCCCGCUUUCGCACACCCAUGAUGGCACCAGUACGCCCUGGCGGAAAAUUGUUUCUCAGCUAAUCCUUCUUCUUUCUUCUUUCUAUAUGUCCGCGCGCGCGUACAAAUUGUGGUGACCGUUCGCAUAUGUUUGUACGAAACAAUUACGAAAACCCUUAUACACUUACGCUAAAUUUGUAUCGAACACUCUGCACGACGCUGUGUUGUGAAUGUGUGUGAACUUUUUGCGGAAACCCAACAACAUUGUGAAUAACCGAACAAAUCCUGUGCCGUUGUGUGUGUGUGUGUUUGUGCGGCGUAACCCACUUGCUACCGGAUGCUACGGCACACGGCAAUCUCAACACCGGAACAAUGAUACAGACCAUACAGGAUGUCAAUGAUUGUGUACCACUGUACCUGCCACACAGCUUGUACCUCAAGCCGUUGGCCAAAUUCAACAUUUCAGUCGCCCUGCCCGCCUCCAUCACUGGCAAAUCCAUCUCCAACUAUGACGUUAUGGAAAAGAUGCGCCAGAUGAUACUGCCGGACAAGUUCUCCCUGCUAAAGGUCUCGAAGAGCACCGUCGGUUUCAUACGGUUCGAGGGAGAGCUGGAGGACAAGGGCAAGCUGAAAGCCGUCCUCUCCCGGCUCGAUGGCCGUCCGCUGCGGCUGACCGGGUUCGAGGAAUCGGUCAAGGUGCGAGCAUCGGAGGCGAAGGACGAGUUCCCCACACGGCAUGAUUGGGAUUCGUUUUUCCGCGAUGCCCGCAAUAUGGACGAGAUGAAGGCGGGCGAACGGCCGGACACGAUCCAUUUUAGCAAUCUGCCGAUCAAGUGGUUCUGUCCGCGGCACGCCGAAAACGACGACGGGGCAAAGCCGAGCGAGAGCAUCUUCAAGCGCAUCUUCGAGAAGUUCGGCGAGGUGCGAGCCGUCGACAUUCCGAUCUGCGAUCCGUACCGGGCCCAGAUGAAGGCGCACAUGUCCGGCAUGAAGAAGUUUAGCUUCGACCAGGAAAUGUACUUCGAAGGGUACGUGCAGUUUUCCGAGUACGUCGGGUUCGUGAAGGCGAUGGACGAAUUCCGGGGGAUGAAGCUGGUCCGGAAGGAGGGCGAACGCAAUCUGGCUGUCACGAUAGCGGUGGACUUCGAUCGGACCAAACACCUAAGCGAUGCGACCGUGAAGAAGCGACAAAUCGUGCGCGAUCGACUGAUUGCUGCCGAACGGGAGAAGGAAGAGCUGGAGAAAAAGCGGCUGGCAGAGGAAGAAGCACGGAAAGAGCAAGAAAGGAAACGCCAGGAAGAGUUGCGCCAGGCAGAAAUCGAGAAACAGCUGCAGCGUGAACAGAGGCGAAAGGAGAAACAUUUGCAAAAGCUGCGCCAGAAGGAAUCGGAAGAGAUCAACCAGAAGAUUCGCAUGGAGGAAAAGAAACUGCUCGAGGCACAACGGAAGCUGGAAAGUAUCCGGCUGCUCGACGCACUGUUUGAUCGUAUGAAGCUGAAACAAUCGUUGGAGAAGGGAAAGCGGAAAAGCCUCGUGUCGAGUGAUGGCGAGGGUAAUGAUGAUAUGAGCACUUCCUCCAUAAAAGAUCGUCAGAAGAAGGCCAACAAGCUGAAGGCGACACAGGAGAAGGAGCUGCAAAAAAUGCGUCUGCGGCUGAAGCAGGCCAAAGACGGCAGUGUGUUGAAGAAGGUGUUGAGCACGGGACUGGGCGUAAAGGUGGAGCGAUCCCGCUCGCCAAGCAUCAACACGAUCAGCUCCGACGACGGCAUACUGAGCGAUACUCCACGCACGAAAACGAAGAAGAAGAAGAAAUCUUUAACGAAUUCCUCCAAGAAGUCGGGCUCAUCGUCGUCCGGUGGUUCGGAUGAGGAGGACCUGCUUUCCGGGGACGAUAAAGGGAAGCGUGAGGAAGCUCCACCAGUGCAGCCGGCACAGUAUCCAACCAGUUCGAUGCCGUCGUACGAUCGUACUGCGAUGGGUUACAGCCACCCCAUGGCGACGGGCUACCCUCCGGCCGGCAUGUACCCGGGAAUGGAAUGGGCAGCAAGUAUGAGCUAUCCGUACACGUACGAUCCAUUCUACGCACAGUACUACAGCUCGAUGGCGUACCGAGGAGCGUAUCGUACCGCGACCCGAGGUCCGCGCUAUGCUCGUGGUGGUCCGGGUGGUGGCGGAGGUAUAUCCCGAGGACGGGGAAGCGGAUAUCGUGGUCGGGGCGGGUACGAUUACUAUCGCGGCGGAGGAGGAGGGCGUGGUGGUGAUGAAUACGGUGAAGAUGAUCGGUCUUACUCACGGUCGAGGUCUCGUUCACGGUCGCGUUCGCGCCAUCGCCGACGCAGCCGACGCUCACGCUCACGAAGCAGCCGAAGUCGCAGUCGCAGCCGCAGCCGCAGCAGACGUAGCCGAAGCCGACGGUCACGAACGCGCUCCAGCUCACGGUCCCGCUCGCGGUCGAGGUCACGGUCAAGGUCCCGUACUCCAACAUCCGAUCGGCACAGUCGCGACCGCUCGAAAUCGCGAUCCCGCUCGCACAGUCAUCGACGCAGCAAGCGAUCUCGUUCCCGAUCGCGCACUCGCUCGGAAGAUCGUGCGAAAAAGGUGGCCGUGCAGAUGUCGAAACCAACGUCGAAAAACUUAGUCUCGACCAUUCGUGGCGCAACACCCCCGUCCCGGUCACGAUCGCGUGGACAUUCGCGAUCCAAGUCCCGAUCGCGGUCACACUCCCGGUCCCGGUCGAGCUACAAGCAGCACCGUUCGUCCCGGCGCCAUCGUUCAUCCCGAUCGCGUCGUGGCGGUUCCGAACGGGAACACUCCAAAACGAAAGAACCGGAACCACCGGAACCGAUGCCACCCACGUUGAAGGUGGGUCCCAUUGGGCCAAGAUCCCCACCCGAACCGAUGCCACAGGUACCGCAAGGUGCAGCUGGUGUACCACUCGAUCAGAACGGUAUCGGCGGCGGUGGUCUAGAUGACGACGAGGAACCCUCGAUGGUGUCGGAAUCGUUCAAGAAGCAUCGCAUCAUCGUGCGCACCGAUACGCUCGGCGCUAAGACUACAAAGGAGAUCGAAGAGGAGGUGCGGGAACGGUUGUUGCGCCAGCAAAAGGAGCGCGAGCAUGAAAGGCGCAAAGAGCAGGAGCUGCUGGAGAAGCGAAAAGCGGCCGAACAAGAGGAUGAAGAUGAGGACGAGGAGGAGGAGGAGGAAGAAGAGGAGGACGAGGACGAGGAAGAUGAAAGUGAGAAUGGUGAGCGAGAGCGACGGCAUGCCGCCAAAACGUCCGCCAGUAGGGUUCACAAACACCGCGCGAAGCAACCGCCGGAACCACCGGCAACUUCCCACGGCAAUGGACAAAGGCGGAAAGAUGAGCUGCACCGGAAGCGUGGAGCAAAAACGCCGGAACACCACAAGGAUAAGCGUCAUCGAGCACAUCGCACCGAGGGACGUUCGAACGGUGAGAGUGCACGAGCGCGCGAUUCUUCAUCCUCUUCCGAGUCGGAGGAGGACGAUCAGGAAGAGGACGACGAAGAGGAGGACACGUCCGGAAGCAGCAGUGCGGAAGAGAUUGAUCAUAGGCGUCGAAGAGCACCGCCGGAGCCACGGUCACGAGUUAAGCAAUCGCCCGAAAGUCCACGGGAGCGAAGGCGCAGAAGGUUUGAAAACGAGGCCGGUUCCGUUGCGGACAAAAGACACGGCAAACAGAUCAUCGCAACGGAAAGCAGGCAUGCGGUGAUGGAAGAGAAACGUGGCCGUCUACCGGUUCGACCUCCGUCCGGGGCUACCGCCCGAGGAAGGUCGCGUGAGGAGCGUCCGAGCGAUAAGGACAGUAGUCGCCAGCGUCGAUCGCCGAGCAACGGUGGUCGAGGGCGCCAUGUACAAUCGCGUCAGCGUAGCCGAAGCCGGGACCAUCAUCGCAAAUCGUCGCACGCGCGGCCAGAGGGGAGCAGUGGCGACGAGGUCACCGUUCGACGGCGAGAGGCUAUAUCGGUGGGUGGUAGCAGACACCAUCGUAGCUACGCCAGCAGUCGCCGUUCAUAAAGAAGUCUUGAGGAGGAGGAGGAGGACUAUCAAUCCGAGUAAUGUCAGUAGUAAAGUAAAGAAUAGUAGGAAAAAAACAGAUCGAGAAAGGGUCUCGAACAUUGACGGAGGCGUUUGAGUUUGAAGCAUUGGGAUUUUAUCUUUAUUUUAAGUUCAGCAUUGUAAAGUUGUGCUGAGAAGAAGUGUUUCAGAACUCGCAAUUCCCGCGGUAUCCAGCCUAGCGUGUUGCGUCUGAAGCGAAACUUCUCAUUUGCUGUAGAAAAUGGUUCACCCACUCAAAUGGUGUAGCGAAACAAAACAAAAACAUUUUAAACAGUACUUUGGAUGACCACAGUCUUGUCUGUGCGAGAUUAUGGCUUGAAGAAAAGUGUGUUCAAGUGUAUAACGUAACGAAUGUGUAUAGGCUAAUAAAACUUCAUUUCCCACGAUCAAUCCUCCCUAA